UUAACUAAUGAUUGGCAAUCUUAUCGUCUCAAUAAACGGAUUCCGACGGACGGAAGUCAACUCUGAGGAUAAUUUUUGUAUUAUAAACGAGACUUGUUAUUGUCGGAGUAUUUUACAUAUAUUUAGAUUUUAGAUUUCGUGCACAUUUCUAAGAGUCAUUUUAAAGCAAACGAUUAAAGAAAUGCUAGGAAAUUUACCUUCUGCAAAGUUUAUCGGAAUAUGUCUUAUCUUGUGUUGCCCAAACUUAUGGACUAUGAGUUUAGUUAUACCUCGAAAACACCGCAUACAUACACCUUCAUUAAUAGAUAUUCAUGAAACAUCUAAAAAAACCGAAAUAGUGCCGACUGCAAAUCUUGAAGAACUAUCAAACAUAACAAAGAAAGAUGAUACCAAGGGAAUGACAUCUGACCAACCUUCUCAAGAUGCAACAAGUUUAGAUAGAAUUUUAAAUACAAUUUUAAGUGAUAAAACAAAUGCUAGAAAAGUUUAUUUAAGGAGCAAAAUAAAAGGCUUUUACUUAAAAAUGAACAAUGAUGGACAUCUCAGUGGCACACACGACAUAAGUGAUAAAAAAGCAAUAUUUGUUAUUGAAACUAUGACACGUGGAGUUGUAAGAAUCAAAAGCGAAAGUACUGGUAAAUACAUAUGUAUAAACCAAAAUGGAAAACUUGUAACAAAGGCUAAACCGAUACUCAAAUGUUUACUUCGACAAUACUUCGAAGAGAAUUAUUAUCAUAUAUUUUGGUCGUAUAAAUAUUCACGUGUAUCGGAUGGUGAAAGCGGUUGGCUGCUUGCAUUAAGAGACAACGGCAGAAUCAAAAGACCGUCAAAAACUAAAUUAGGCGAUAAUUCUACUUUUUUCUUUAUACAAGAUGCACAAAAUUUAUGGCUAGGAUAAUUAUAGGCAUUUAGUUUAGUUAAUGUUUAUAGAGUUCAAAUUAUUUAUAUCAAAUUUAGGGUUUCAUCCUUUUUACAGAGUGUUUGAACAUUAUAUUAUUAAGUUAUGGAUAACCCCUUUUAUACGGGGUGCUCAGUAAUUAUGAAUGUAAAUAAGAUUUAUUUAUAUAGAUUAUGAAAUUAUUUUUAAUUUAUUAACAAUUUUUUAAAUUAUUAUUUUUCUUUAUACUCAGAAAUUAUAUAUUUAUUAGUAG